CCCAAGUUGACCCCGCGAUGUUGGACUGGCCCGCCCAGGCAAACGUCACCGUCGGUCUUAGGCUCAGCCACCAAGCGAGCAACCACCGCGCGUGCAGUUUCGGAUUGCCAUUGUUGCAGGGACUGCGUCAUGUCGAGUUCUCAGGGGCAAACUCCAGUUUCUAGCUAUUUUAGUUUGCAGAGUCGUUUCUCGAUUGGCUCAGCUGUUGGUUGAAACCACCACCGAGGCAGAGGCAUGACAAUGAAGGAGCUUGCCAACUGACAACGAGACUGGUCAUGCUUCCUGAGCAAUGUCUGGGGAAAGUGGCGCGGAGGGAGCCCAGAAGUUCGCUCUCACAGGGCUGAUGCCAAGUAAGGUAACCCUAACCCUGACCGUCGAACAGGCAAAAUGCAGCCCCACAUUGUUCACCUUAGCUGGUCCGUGCCUGGGCAAGUGAAUUUCUGCCCCCCCACACGUGACCACACACAAAUUCGAAAACCCAUCGGCUCACAAAUUCGCUAACGACCCUUUUUACGAAACCUCGACAGCAACCAAAUUCUGGACAACACGAGCGAAGCCUCGACAACAGUUGCCCAUCAUGAGUUUGGUCUCGGGUGAGAAGAGCAAUUUCAACCACAUUCUGCGUCUGCUCAACACCAACGUUGACGGCAAGCAGAAGGUCGUUUACUCCUUGACCAAGAUCAAGGGUGUCGGUCGCCGCUACUCCAACUUGGUGUGCAAGAAGGCCGAUGUCGACCUGAAGAAGCGCGCCGGUGAGCUCACCUCCGAAGAGCUCGAGCGUCUGGUCACCAUCAUCCAGAACCCCACCGCCUACAAGAUCCCCGCCUGGUUCCUCAACAGACAGCGCGACAUUGUCGAUGGCAAGGACUCCCAGAUCCUCGCCAACGGUGUUGACUCCAAGCUCCGUGAUGAUCUCGAGCGCUUGAAGAAGAUCCGUGCCCACCGUGGUCUCCGUCACUACUGGGGCCUCCGUGUCCGUGGCCAGCACACCAAGACGACUGGUCGCCGCGGCCGGACCGUCGGUGUCUCCAAGAAGAAGGGUGGUUAAGCAUUUGCGGGAAGCGUGCGGUUUUGUUUGGCACUGCUGUGCUUGGCUUUUCGGUGGUGUUAUCUCAGGCAAAGGAUGGUCAUGGGGCUCGGGUUGAUUUUUUUUUCCUUUGCGACGUCUCUACUCUGUGGAGGUCGCCGGAUUGCUAAAGGGAACCACCAUGAUACACAGCAUGACAAUACAGGCGCAGAUAUGAAAAAAGUACAUGACCAUUUCUAGUGACUUGUACUUUCGUAUGGCGACUUGUGUGAUACAAAAUCAAAAGAACUUUUUAUUCCUAUCAACAGUAACUAGACCAAGGCAUGCUAGAAGGGGUAUCAAGAUAUUUGUUUGGGCAUCUUCA